UUCAUGCCAUGGGCUGUGUGACUGCGUAUUUCCAAACAGGGUGUGUACCGUACUGCUGGUUAGGGUUUCAAGGGGGAGGGUUUAAGUUUUUUGAAGGACAGAUCCUUGUAGGAGGAAAAGAAACAACGUCAACUUUUAGUUUACCCAUUUUGGAUCUUGAAAUUAAGAGCUGCUGCACAGGAUGUCAGAAACUGCCGAAGCUGUGGCUGCUAAUAUCACCACUAGGAGAAAUGUGACUAUUGAGAUCUCCAAUGUCACCAACAAUUACUGCCUCAUUAACCCCAGGGUGUUCCUGGACAGCGGCGAGGUCUACAACCCCCCGCAGCCCACUGUGCGGCCCCUGCACACGGAGGUCUGCACCUUCAGCAAGUCCAGCUCCAAGGCCACGGGCAGCGUCGGCGUGCUGACCUACGACCUCUACGAGCGCACCCGCAGCGACUACAUCGAGACGGUGGCCAUGAUGUUCUCCGUGCCCUGGGACUACAACCUGUACAAGAACUGGUUCGCCGUGGGCCUCUACCCCAAGGGGCGCGAGUGCGACGCCGCCCUCUACAAAGAGAUGUACUACGACAAGAAGCAGCAGCACUUCGUCCGGGAGGAGGCGGUGGGCUCCGGGAUCGCCUUCGCCGGGAGCUACCUGGACAUCAAGGCCACCAUGUCGCCGAUGGGCCGCGCCAUCAUGAAGGUGGAGGUCUGGGAUUCCCUGUUCACUCCCAAUCAACAGCGUUGAGGAGUCGCCGCGGGUGCUCUCAGUCCCACCCCCCCCCCCCCCCGGUGUAGUCCGUCCGUCCGUCCUCCCGUGCCCCCCAGUCUGUUCUCUUUCUCUUCCGACCCCCGUCGCCCCCCCCCCCCCCCCCCCGUCGCCCCCCCCCCCGUCGCCUUGAAUCUCUUCUAUGGCAGAAGCCCAUUAAUCUACUUCAAGGCAGGUGCCUGACAGAGUGCGUCCAUGCCUCACACACACACACACACACACACACACACACACACACACACACACGUAGCACACCUGCAUGUAAGAAUUGUUUUUGAAUCUAUAAAAAAAAAAGGCAUUACACCCCGUCCUCUAGAUUAAAAGAAAAAAAUAAUACUUUGGAGUAUAUAUAAUUGGAGUUUAGUUUGUUUAUAUUCGCCUCGUCUUUAUUUUCGAACCCUUUGUCUGUUUCGAUGGCAUUUAUCUUCGUUAUCCUCGAGAAACGGGCAUCAAAGCAUUCACAGGACGCGGGUUAGAUAACUAAAAAAAAAUAAUACCAAAGGGGCUUGUCUAUCCACGACAUUGUUGUCAAUGGCAGAGAAAUAAAGCAUUUUUCAAAGGCA